GGUUUUGUCCCAUGACAAAUUCAAAUGCGGGCUCCCAAGCGCAGGUUAGCACUGUCACUCGGUGAGUUGGAAGGAGCUCUUCCUCAGUUCGUUCUGGGCUUCGGGAUCUUCCCUCUCUUCCAGCUCAGGCUGUCAGCGACUUGACGACUAGCUGCUUAAGCCUUUCCCAGAGACAUUGGGAGCUGAAAUAGAGGAAACAGAAGAAGAGAAGAAGAUGCAGCGGAGAAAAUUUACGUCUGAGUCUCUCUCUAGUAGGCCAUCUGGAACAGAUGGCUCUGAUUUCUCUUAUCGCAUGGUUGUUGAUUCCAGGUAUACAAAGGUAGCUCAGGGAAAAUCUCGUCUCCAUGCAUUGUUCCUCUUUCAGGUUGUAAUUCAAUUGAUAGGGGUGCUGUACAUAUUUGUAUUGUCAUCUAAGGAGGAGGACCCCAAUGCCCUUGCUAUUUCAUCUCCUGCUAUUGGGUUUCUCUCUCUCAUGAUAGGGGAAUUAGGUCGAAGGCGAAGCAGAAUUAAUUUUUUAAAAGUUUAUGUGGUUGCAUCGUCUAUUGCAAUACUUCUUUGGACUGCCUCUGUUGCUAAGAACAACUUCUCAUUGAAGGCUAUCCAAGAUCUAAGUGACUGGAAAUCAAAGAAGUUGGAACUUCUGGAGAUUGGUAUGGUUUUUCUAGGAUUGCUGGUACAGAUAUUUACAAUCAGCACAAUAAAAUCUCUUAUUCGUAACAUGUCUCCUCCCAAGAGAGCUUCCUGAUGGCUUCUUGCAACUUUGAGGUUAUUUGGUCGAUCCCAAUUGCUAAAAAUAUAAGCUGUUUCUCUGCUUGAUUUUGGUUUGGUUUCCAGCAUUCCUCUCCCCGGCUUUGGUGUUGAUGAACAUUUUGAAAUCAUUCUCAUUGCCAAUUUGAUUUGAUUUGAUUUGAUUUGAUUGAUUUAUGGAGCAAUGGGGAACUAUUUUUGAUCUGGCA